AUGGUGUACUGGUCCUUGGGAACGGGGCUGCAGCUGUUGCUGCUGCUACUCGUGCUCGGCGGUAGUGAACUCCAGGUUAAAGCGAAGGGUAGCCUCAUACUGCGUUCCUUCGACGAAAUGGUGCUCGAGUGUGCCGAGCUAAUGUCGAUCGUUCACUCCAAGCUGGCCAGGAUACGAUCAGGUGUGAUGUUGCCGGAUGAGGACACAAAGUGCUUGAUUAGGUGUGUCGGUAUUAGUGGAAGGUUCUGGAAUGACCACACGGGACUGCGCAAGGAGCUUUUGGCUCGAUAUUUUGUGACCGAUCCAGCUGACGCAUACAAUGUGAACCGCACGGAAACUUGUUUGCAGGAACUGCCUGCUCUAGAGUUAAAUGCUGAAAAGUGCUGUGGCCUAGCGUUUGAGUCCUUUCUGUGCUACUACUACAACUAUGGAAACCUGCGACAGGAUAGUGUAUUCGUACCACUCGACUAUCUGCAGUUGCAGCAUGUGACAUCGCGUUGUAUGGAUGUGCAUCAGAUCACAACAGAGCAGCUGAUGAGCCUCAGUGAAGAGGCAAUGGACGCAAACGACAAAGUUCACUGUUUGGUGCGGUGCAUCGGACUCCAGACUGGUGUUUAUAGUGAUCGCGAAGGUGUCAGUAUCGAUCGGCUCUAUGCUCAGUACGGUGAAGGUCAUUGUGAGAGAGAGUUCAAAACACACGCUGUCGAAUGUAUCACUAAGCAUAGAGAACUUGCGUAUGGUAGUCCCUGCAAACGGGCGUAUCAUUUGCUGUACAAGUGUUUCGAAAACGUGCGCAACGUAAUAUCGGCCUAUGAGUUACCAGAUUCGGAUGGGAAUUAG